ACACUGUGUGGUACUUCCGUUCGGAAUUCCUUAAUUCCGCUUCAUUCAUUCAUUCGUUAAUUUGACAAAUAAAUAAAAAAAAACAAUGGUAUUAUUUCUCCGUCAAAGUUGCGUGUUGGUCAGCAAGGUUGCUAGUCGUUUUGUCCAAGGUUCUUUUUUGUCCAGCACAAUGGGCAGUUCCUAUUCAAGAUCUUACUCCCCUAACUGUGGCCAGAGUCCGGCAAGUGCCGAAAGCCGGGGCACAAUAUCCCGCGUGGAGUCAAGCAACAACUAUGUCGAAGCUGUGGUCUGCAACGAAAAUGAUCUCAAAGAGAAUGAAAUGAAAGUUUUUGAGAUUGGAGAAGAGGGCAAAGUAUUGCUUGUGAAGCAGAAAGGAGAAUUUAGUGCAGUCGGUACCACUUGCACUCACUACGGUGCCCCACUUGUCUCUGGAGCCCUAGGAGAUGGCAGGGUUCGCUGCCCGUGGCACGGAGCCUGCUUCAACAUAAAAACUGGAGAUAUUGAAGAUUUUCCCGGCUUUGACUCGCUUCCCUGCUACCAAGUGACGGUCUCGGAUAAAGGAGAAGUUAAGGUAAAAGCUAAACGCAGCGACUUGAAAUCGAAAAAACGCAUCAAGGAUAUGGGCAUGUCGUGCCAGAUGGAUGGCUCUGCCGCCGUCAUCAUCGGAGGCGGACCAUCCGGAGCCACCUGCGCCGAGACCCUGCGCAGUGAGGGAUUCAGGGGACGCAUCACCUUAGUAGCGAAAGAAAACUACUUACCCUACGAUAGAGUGAAGGUCUCAAAGAUCGGAACCGUAACCGACAUAGAAAAACUACAAGCCAGAUCCCAACAAUAUUACGACGACGCUAAAAUUGAAGUACUUAAAGGUGUUGAUGCAACAAAAGUGGAUACUGAAGAGAAGAUUGUACAUCUAAGUAAUAACCAGAAAUUGAGAUACAACAGUUUGUACAUAGCUACUGGUUCUAGCCCCCGAGUACCAGACAUCCCCGGUGUCAAUCUGCAGAACAUCUUUACAGUCCGGUACUUUGACGAUUCUGUUAACAUCUUGAAUGCUUUGGGAGAAAACAAAGAUAAGAAUGUUGUUGUAUUAGGUUUGAGUUUUAUCGGCCUAGAGAGCGCGGCUGCCUGCAAUGAGAAGGCCAAGUCAAUGACUGUCGUUGGUAAGGACACUUCACCCCUAGGCCAAAUUUUCGGCAAUGAAAUAGGGCAAAGUUUACGAAAGUUUUUCGAACAAAAAGGUGUCCAAUUUCAGUUUGAAACCACAAUAGUGAAAUGUAAUGGCGAGAACGGAGUUAUAAAAUCGGUAGAAUUGGCCAACGGCACCACACUUCCUGCUGACCUGCUGAUACUAGGCGUGGGAACAACUGUCAACACAGGUUUCUUGCAGGAUAGCGGAAUAGCAUUGGAGGGAAAUGGUGCGGUCACCGUCAAUGAUAAGCUCGAAACCAAUGUGAAAAACGUGUACGCCGGUGGUGAUAUCGCUUUUGCGCCCGUGUUCGCUCACGGGAAUAAAAACAUGGCAAUAGGACACAUCGGCUUAGCUCAAUACCACGGCCGCGUCGCUGCUUUGAAUAUGGUGAAGAAAGAAACUACCUUGAAGACAGUUCCAUUCUUCUGGACGUUGCUGUUCGGCAAGUCUAUCCGUUACGCUGGAUGCGGAAAACCUGCCAGUACUCAAGUAGAGGGAGACGUAGACGGACUGAAAUUCGUCAUAUUCUUCUUUGACGAAUCCGAGAAAGUGAUCGCAGUGGCGUCUUGCAUGAGGGACCCCGUUGUUGCCCAGUACGCAGAAUUCGUGCACCAAGGGAAAACUUUGUACAAGAAAGACCUGAAAGAUGAUCCUUUUGCGUGGGCAAAGAGCAAUAAAGCCCAGUAAUGUCCCUCCGUGAUUCCAUAAACUCGAAAACAACUUAUAAAAAAACUAAUAGCGAAAUAUGUUAUAAGUACAGUUUUAACAUUCGUCACAUUCUCUUUUUAGUCGAAACUGUUAAUUUAAGCAAAACUCUAUAUGAAGAUAUUAAAUGUUGCUGCUGUUAUAUUGGUAAUAAGCUUUCGAAAGAUAUUAGUGCAAAAUUAUUAUUUUAUUUAUAAAAUAAUAGUAGUUAAAGUACAAUCAAUGUGUCCUGAAAAACUGUUGCUUUUACGAUUUAUAAAGUAGAGCAGUUUAAGUAUAUCAAAUAAUGAAGCAGGAUAAAUAUUUUACCGCUACCAAAUGAAAGUUUCGUAAUGCGUAGAUGAGAGUAUUCAUGUAAACAUUUGAGAUUUAUAUAAAUAGAUGGUCAAUACUAUUUAUUCUGUAGAUGUUAAAAUCUGAUUAUAUUAUGUAUGAAGCUGAUAUUAAAUGUGGCCUUAAAUUAAGUAUUCUACUUCAUGUAUAAUGUUUAUAUAAUUCCUCAGUUAAUUUUAUGGAGCAUAUAAUUUGUUUGCAGUAUAUAUUAUGUUCAAUUUCAUCUCAAGCUCAGCUUCAUUUUAAAAACAAGUAUUUUUUUAAUACCCAGUGCUUUGCUUUGCAAUUAGCAAAAAACAAUUUCUUACAUAAUGUUCAUUUUCUAGCAGAUAUCUGUGCAAACCAGCAUUUUAAUAGCGUUUUAUUAAGCGAUUUUGUUGAGUUUCUAUUGUAUACAAAAGGAAUUAUACAUUUUUAUAAUCUUAAGUUCCAGUAAGUAACCAGUUGCUGCAGUUGGUCAUACUAAAAUAUGUUUUGUUAAGAACAAAUCUAGGUUAUGUAUCCAUAAGUUUUAUUAUUUCGGCUUAAAGCCAUAGUAAUAUACAAUAAUGAAGAAAUUCCAUAUUGUUUGGCAUAAUAUAAGAAUGUUUGCAGUACUUGGUACUAAAAUAGGCAUUUUCUGUUGAUUUCAGUCUUAUUAAAUGUAGUGCAUAUUUUUAUUGAAACUGCUAAUUAAUAUUUAAAUUAAGUUAUAUAACUUAAUUUAUUACAUCGAUAUAUUUUAGUACAAACCAUGUGACAAUAGGAUUUAUUUUAAAAUAUUUUUUUAAAACCAAAAAAAGUAUUACUAUCUGUUACUAAGGACAGUGUUGUCACACAAUUUAAAAAAAAAUCAGGGUCCAAUUUUUCCACACCUUGUAUAACUUUAAAAUUCAUUGUUAUUUUGAAAUUAAAAUUGUAAUCAUUUGGCUAUUGCUACUUUAUUCAGAAACAAUAUUCAUCACAUUCAAGUCAGUAUUCUUUCAAAUGUAUUACUGUUGUGUCAUUAAUAACGGGUAAACAUCAUUGAGCACAAACACAUCACACGAGAUUAGAAUUAAGUUAUUAUUGCUGAAACAUCUGUACUAAUUAUUAUUUUAAAAUGCGCCGUUAGCCGCGCGUGUGUAACGUUGCAGACAAUGCAAACAACAUCAUAUGAUAAAAGUGCGUCAUUAACGCAUUUGAGAAACAAGCAUUUAAAAAACGUGGUGUGUAAAGGCCUUCAGUUGAUAUUAACUAAGUUUGUUGAUAUUAACUAAGUUUGUUGUGUUUAAGGCAAAGAUACGAAGCUGUGCAGUUCAGUUAGAAUUAAUAAGAAUGGCUCAUUAUUCCUGAAUCAUCCUUGGUCAACUACAGGGUUUUUCUGGCAUCCUCUCUUUCUGUAUUAUUUAUUUCCAAACAUAUCUUUGCUUGAUAUAAUCAUAACAAGGUACUUUUAAUUGAUGUGAUAUUACUGUUGCUUGUUUAGAUGUAUGUACAUAUUUUAAUAAAUGUUUAUUAAAUUA